GAAGGGAAGGAGCCCCGAUUCCCGAAGCCUAACUGCCUAAGAACAUGUGACGAAAGCGAGAAGUCGGGUACCAUAAAUGACAGUUUUGACACUAACUAACGUCGCAGCAGCUCUUUUUUUGCCGGCGUUCAAUAAUAGAAGCUAUCUAUUAUAUCUAUAAAGUAUAAACAAAGAUGAAAAUAACUUUCCAGCAGGAACAACACACUUUUCGCCUUUACAUAUUCAUUAUAUUACUACCGGCGUCAAACGGGGUGCCUGGUAUUGACUUUACUUGCAAAACAGCUGUGUUCUCAACAUUAGUUCAUUGUUCAAAAUGGAUCACACUCCAGAAUUACCAUGUCAUCUUAAGAAACCAAUCCUAGAUAACAAACCUUUACCUCAAGCUCCUUCACAAAUGGAAAUCAAUGAAUAUUCAAAUUCUUCUUCUGAGUCAGGAAAUGAUUGUGCAUAUGGCCCUGUUCUACCACCUCAUCUAAAAUACAAAAAUACUUCAAUAUUGGAUGAUACAGAUAAUGAACUGUAUGGUCCUGCAUUACCACCCCAUCUUUCCAAAGUUUCAGAACAAAGUACAAAAAACCUCUCUGGCAAGGUAUCUAAAACUUCUAAAGUUGACAACUCAUCUGUAACAAACCAUGAGGACAAUGACUAUGUUUUAUCUGAAGAUGAGUAUGGUCCUUCUUUACCUCCUCAUUUACAGGACUCUUCUGUCUCUGUCAAUCCAUUGCCAGGUUCAGAUAAUAAGAAUUCAAAUAAUGGUUCAACAAGCAAAACAAUUGGCCCAGCACUGCCCUUUGACUUUAAACAGACUAUAUUUGGUAACAGCAGUAAAGAUGAGCCAGAUGAUAUCUACUGUCCUGAUUUACCGCCUCAUCUGAAAAGAAAACUUUCACAUGAAGCAACUUACGAAACUCAUCCAAUAAUCCAGAGUGAGUCGACUAAAGAUGGUUCAAGUAACGAGUCUGAACAUUCAGAAGAUGAUGAGGUUUAUGGCCCUCUACCUCCUGCUGAAGCUGUUGAUAUGGAUGAAUAUAUUGAGUCAACCAUCCAUCAGCGGACUGAAGCUGCUCAGCAGCGACUUAAGAAUAAGAACAACAAGGCACCCACGAGAGAAGACUGGAUGUUAACUCUACCUGAAGAUCGCCCGCUGUUCUCUGGGCUUGGACUACAGGCCAGGCAGUUCUCCAAGAGUGGCAAGAGAGAUCGAGGCGACACAUCAGUCUGGACUGAUACUCCUGCUGAUAAAGAGCGCAAAGCACAGAGAGCAGCAGAGGGCCGGAAAACCAGCAAGCACGAGCCUGAAGCUCAUGCUAACCCUCGCGACGAGCGCAUGCAGGCUAUGGUCGCGAAGUACAACGAAGCCAAACGCGCCCAGCCGCUCAUUGACACGCAUCAGAGCAGCAAUAAGAAGACCAAGAAAGAGAGCCUAAGCGUGACCGGAGUGGGUCGGGAGCGCAAGCCUUUCAGCAGAGAAGAGGAUCUCCACGUCAACAAGUUUGACGAGGCGCAGAAGAGUUCGAUUCUCAAGAAAGCGCGAAACCUUAAUGACAGAUUCUCUUCUGGCAAAAGCUCCAAGUUCUUGUAAAACUUAAAGUAAUGACAUCCCCUGAUUUUUAGUGCAUUUUCUCGUUAAUGAAAAAAAUGUGCUAUUGUGCUCGCCA